AUGAUUCAACGACUCCCACGAUUCCCAACUACACAACUCCUUGACCUCGACGUUGUCGACGAAACACAAACCCGACGAUGGCUCAUACAUCGCCACAGCCGACCCCAUGAAAUCUUGAUGAAAUCCCUCCUUGAAAAUGGCAAAGUGUCGUCCAUCGUGCCACCCUCCGACUGGUCUCUGUAG